CCCGAGCCCCCGCCGCCGCCAAGCCUAGAAGCGGGAGCGGGUGCAGGGGCCCCGGAGGCACUGGCGCCGGCCGAGCCCGACCGCGACGGCCCCAGGGAGGAGGACGACUCCAAGCUGGCGCCUGGCUCGCAGCUGUGCUCCCAGCUUCUGUCCCCUGGGACCUCCCUCCACUCCCUGCCCAGCACAGCAGUUGGAGCAGACAGUCAGACUUCCCAGAAGACUGUUUGGUGGGGCUCCUGCACUGAAGUGGAUCCCCAGUUCUUUCUCCCCUGAUCUGCAAGGCAACCCACUUCCAACCCUCAGAUCCCUGGACUUGGUGAAUCCUGCUUGAGAGAGAGAGUGCAGGAGGUAGGAUUCCCCAGAGCUUCCAGCUUGCCACCUGGAAGAAGGUCACUUUUUCUUUUGAGCAAAGGAGAUAAUGGGAGGUACCCUGGCAGUGUUCACUGAGAGACUGGGAUGGCCCACAGUUGCUCAGGGAGGGUUGUGGCACCCCCUCCCCGGGUGGGUGGCUGGCCCUCAGCUUGCUCUGACAAAAGAGUUUUGAGUUGGUCUUUUGGUGAGCCUGCCGAGGAAGGCAGGCUCCUGCAGGAGACUUGGAGGGUCGGAUGCAGCGCCCGGAUGAGGAUGAGGCGUGGCGGAAGAUGCGUUUGGCUCUGCAGACACUGCAUCGGGCAGCAGGGGACUCUGGGAGGCUGGUGCAGCCAGAAGGCAUGGCUCUUGACAGCCUUCUAGUAGAAUCUCUGGAAUUGUGCAUGUGCCCCUCACCUCCAGCCAGUCUGUGCAGACUUGCUGCCUCCUGUGUCACCGGGAACGCAAAGGCUGGGAAGAAGGCCCUUCUCAAAAUGGACUGGUGUUGCAGGAUCUCCUUGUCACACACGUCCUGCAAAUCACAGUCGUGUGGGGGUGACUCUCAUUCCUCUUCAUCCUCCUCAUCCUCGUCUUCGUCCUCAUCUUCCUCCUGCCACGGGAACUCAGGGGACUGGGAUCCCAGUUCAUUCCUGUCGGCACAUAAGCUCUCAGGCCUCUGGAACUCCCCGCACUCCAGUGGGGCCCUGCUAGGCAACCCACUCGGAAGUCCUCCUGCCAUACCUGGUGAGGCUUUUCCCAUCUCGGAGCACCACCGGCACUCAGACCUCACUGUCCCCCCUAACAGCCCCACUGGUCCUCACCCCCCGCCAGCAUCUCUGAUCCCACCUCACUCCGGAUCCUUUGGCUCGCCGCCCCACCCCCACCUGCUGCCCACCACCCCGGCAGCGCCUUUCCCUGCCCCAGCUUCAGAGUGCCCUGUUGCCGCUGCUGCUGCCCCACACACCCCGGGGGCAUGUCAGAGCCCUCACCUGCCCUCCACCAGCAUGCCACUCCUGAAGAUGCCUCCCCCAUUCUCGGGGUGCAACCACCCCUGUAGUGGGCACUGCAGUGGGCCUCUCCUCCCUCCACCAAGCACUCAGCAACUCUCCGGCACUCACAGGGAGCCCUGGUGCAAGGGGCACAAGUUUACACACAGUGGCCUGGCAUGCCAGCUGCCCCAGCCUUGCGAGGCAGACGAGGGGCUAGGCGAGGAAGAGGACAGCAGUUCAGAGCGUAGCUCCUGCACCUCGUCCUCCACCCACCAGAGAGACGGCAAGUUCUGCGACUGCUGCUACUGUGAGUUCUUCGGUCAUAAUGCGCCACCCGCUGCCCCGACGAGUCGAAAUUAUACCGAGAUCCGGGAGAAGCUCCGCUCAAGGCUGACCAGGCGGAAAGAGGAGCUGCCCAUGAAGGGGGGCACCCUGGGCGGGAUCCCUGGGGAGCCCGCCGUGGACCACCGAGAUGUGGAUGAGCUGCUCGAAUUCAUCAACAGCACGGAGCCCAAAGUCCCCAACAGCGCCAGGGCCGCCAAGCGGGCCCGGCACAAGCUGAAAAAGAAGGAAAAGGAGAAGGCCCAGUUGGCAGCAGAAGCCCUGAAGCAGGCGAACCGCAGUGUUUCUGGAAGCCGGGAGCCGAGGCCUGCCAGGGAGAGGCUCUUGGAGUGGCCUGACCGGGAGCUGGAUCGGGUCAACAGCUUCCUGAGCAGCCGCCUGCAGGAGAUCAAGAACACUGUCAAGGACUCCAUCCGAGCCAGCUUCAGCAUAUGUGAGCUCAGCAUGGACGGCAAUGGCUUCUCCAAGGACGGGGCUGCUGAGACCGAGCCCCAGAGUUUACCCCCCUCAAACCUCAAUGGCUCCUCAGAGCAACGGCCUGACAUCAACCUUGACCUGUCCCCUUUGACUUUGGGAUCCCCCCAGAACCACAUGUUACAAGUUCCAGGCAAGCCAGCCCCAUCAUGGGCAGAACUGAGAGGCCCCCACCCACCAUGGACAGAGGUGAGGGGUCCCCCUCCUGGUAUCAUUCCAGAGAAUGGGCUAGUGAGGAGGCUCAACACCGUGCCCAACCUGUCCCGGGUGAUCUGGGUCAAGACGCCCAAGCCGGGCAACCCUAGUUCUGAGGACCCGAGCCCGAAGGAGGUCCCCAGUUGCAAGCAGGAGCUACCUGAGUCUGUGGCCUCAGGUGGGAAGCCACGGAAGGGCAAGAGACAGGGCAGUCAGGCCAAGAAGAAUGAGGCAAGCCCAGGCCCCCAGCCCCUGGCCGGCCUAGAGGUGUCCAGUGCCAAGGGCCAGACCCCUGGCCUCAAGCAGCCGGGCAAGGCCCUAGAGCCUCCCAGAGUAGGCAACUGUGCUGAGGCUGGAGAGGGGAGCCGGGGGAGCCGGCCAGGACCAGGCUGGGCUGGCAGCCCCAAAACCGAGAAGGAGAAGGGCAGCUCCUGGCGAAACUGGCCAGGCGAGGUCAAAGCACGGCCUCCAGAGCAGGAGUCCGUGCAGCCCCCAGGCCCAGCCAGGCCGCAGAGCUUGCCGCAGGGCAAAGGCCGCAGCCGCCGGAGCCGCAACAAGCAGGAGAAGUCAGCCUCCUCCUUGGAUGAUGUGUUCCUGCCCAAGGACAUGGAUGGGGUGGAGAUGGAUGAGACUGACCGGGAGGUGGAGUACUUCAAGAGGUUCUGUUUGGAUUCUGCAAAGCAAACUCGUCAGAAAGUUGCUGUAAACUGGACCAACUUCAGCCUCAAGAAAACCACUCCUAGCACAGCUCAGUGAGCCCCUACCAGGUCGAGCUCCUUCAAGGUGCACUGAGAUCCCGACUGCCAGCCGAAGGUCUACAGUUUCCCCCUCCACGUGCCCCACCCACCUGCCCGGGACCCUGCUCCCCACCACCCCGGACCAACCAAAAGCUGAACGGAUGCCGAGCCGUGCUGGGGCCCACAGCCCUCAGCAGGGCCGCUUCCUGGUGCUACUCAGCCUUCACACUCAGCCCGGGACUGCGCCGGCCCAUGGGCCAGGGGCUGAUGGUACUGCUGGCCCAACACUGCUCUCUUUGUGUUUGGUUUUCUUGUUGUUGUUUGUUUUUUGGUUUUGUUUUAUUUUUCCAAUUCUUUACUUUUGAUACUGUGAAGAUCUUUCAUGUGGAAAGAUAAAGCAACAUUUGGACACAGA